AUGAAUAAAGGCGAAGUACAUAUUUCAUAAGACAAUACUAUAUAGUAAAUCGAAGAAGCCUUCUCAAAUUUCAUUGAGACUUCUCCUGUGAUUAUUAAUAUAGAUAAUAUAACUGAUAAGAAUAGCUAGUAUUUAUCUAUCAUUAAAGAUCGCUUUAGAGAAAAGAAUCAGAUUAAAUUUCUAAAUUUAAAGAUUAAUUCAAACACAAUCUUAUAAAACUCAGAUUAUUAAGUGAUUAGGGAAGGAAUUUAAUAAUUAUUAAGCUUAUAAGCAUUAUAAUUGAGUAUAGAUGAGCUGUGUUUUGCUGGACUAGGUGGAUUGGAAAUAUUAGAAUAGGGAAUAAUUAAGUUAUAGAACUUAAAUAAACUUUAAUUAGAUAUUUAUCGUAAAAAUUAUUUAGGCACAAAAGGUUUAAUAGAUUUAGGGAAUAUGCUUAAAUAGCUACCAAAUUUAAUUGAAUUCUAUUUGGCUAUCGGUGAAAUGAAUGACAUCACUGACGAAGGUUUAAUUGGAUUGAGCGAUGGAAUCAAAGGCUUGUAAAAUCUUGAAAAACUAUUUUUACAAAUAGAUUUUAGGAAGUUAGAAGAAGUAGGCUUUUUAAGCCUUUCUGAGGCUCUUGAUUUUCUUCCUAAAUUAAGUAGCUUAAAACUAUGCUUAGAUGGUGAAAUGAUUAAAGCGAGAUGCAUACAAGAAUUAUCAAAGUAUUUGAAGAAAUUAAAAAACUUACAAAUAUUAGACAUAACAUUUGAGCAAAAUCAUGAAUUCUAAAAAGAGGUAGUUAUAGAAUUAUCACAAAGUAUUAGUCAACUAAAAAUGCUAGAAGAGCUUGAAUUAAAUGAAUUUUUGAAAAAAAGAGAUUUAGAGAGCAAUAUUUGUUAUUUUAAUUCUGUAGGAUAACUUGAAAAUCUCAAGAUAUUCAAAGUAGAAGUAAAGUUUUAGCAUAACGAAGGAGUUAAUUUAUGCAAAUAACUUUCAAAUAAUAUAAAAAAAUUGAAUAAUUUAGUAUAACUUGAAGUCUUUUUUGGUUCGAACUCAAAUAUUGGAGAAGAAGGAGCUUUAUUUUUUUCUGAAGCGCUUUAAAAUUUACUAAAUAUAAAUACUCUUAAACUAACUUUCGAUACUGGAAAUAAAAUAAGGAUUUAUGGGGCAUAGAAAUUAGGCGAGUCUUUUGGAAAGUUAACUUAAUUAUAAAAUUUUAAUUUCUGUAUAAGAGAUUAAAAUUAUAUUGGGAUAGAAGGAUCUUAAGCAAUAUUUGAUGGUUUAAAGAAUUGUGUAAACAUGAAAAAUUUAGAUUUAUCAAUAGAAAAUAAUAAAAUUACAAAGUAUGGAGCAAUAAAACUAGGUCAAGCUCUUGAAUGCUUAAUUAAUUUAGAAAUUUUAUCUUUAAAUUUAGUUGAAGAUAUAAGAGAAGAAGGUGCUAGUGCUCUUGGGUAAGGACUAUCUAAAUUAGAAAAGCUGAAUACCUUCAAUUUUAUUUUAGAAUGCAAGUCUUGCAUCACUUAACUUGGCAUAAGAAAAUUUAGUUAAGAGUUUAAGUAGCUGUAAAAGUUAGAGAAUUUGUGUUUAACAUUUUAUGAAAACUCUCUCAGAAAUUGUCAUGGAUUACUUGAGUUAUCAGAAGGAUUGUCUCAUCUAAAAAGUUUGAAAGAUUUAGAUAUCACUCUAUAUGGAGAAAGCGAUGUUGAUAGCUAGAGUUACAUUGCUUUCGGAAAGGCAUUGCAAAAUUUGAGCAAAGUUACUAGUUUAAACAUAAGAAUGAGAGGGAAUAACAUUCAAACUGAUGGGUUUAUUGGAUUAGGUUAAGGAUUAAAAUGUUUAAAGUAGCUAGAGACAUUCUGCAUAGAUGUUUUCCCUAACAGCAUAGAUCAUGAAGGCUCUGAUAUUUUAUAAGACAUUUUCUAAAAUCUUGAGAAUUUAAAAGAGCUAUCUUUAUGGCUUUACCAAAGCUAAGAAAAUGCUUAAUACUCAGCCGAAUUAAGUAAUUGUAUAAAAUAUCUAAAGAAUUUAAAUACCUUGUGGCUAUUUUUUGGUAGAGAGAUAAAGAUCGAUUACUAAGGGGCUGUUUCAUUAGGGAAUGGAUUAAAGGAGCUACACAAUUUGAAAUCUCUUGACAUUUGGAUUCAUUUGAAUUAAGAAAUUGAAGAAGAAGGCAUUAAUAUUCUUUGUAAAGGGUUAAAUAAUUUAUAGAGUUUAAAUACCUUAAAAUUUAGAGUUUAUGAUGACCCAGGUUAUUCUUAUAAUAUUUUAUAUAAUUUUGGAUAACAGAAAAAUUUACAAAAAGUAAACAUAACUCUUGGAUCUAAUUUACUAUAUUCAAUAUCCAGUGAUAACCUAUCACCUAUUAAAUAUUUAGACAUGUGCGGUGAAGAUUAUAGUCCUUUGUAAUAUCUAUAUUAAUAAUAACAGUAAUAAUAAAUGCCAUAAAAUAAUUCAGAUUAAAUGGAGUAGUUAUAAAAAAUAGAAAUAGAAGAAGAAAAAAAUGAUACAAGUUAGUUAGAGAAUCUAUAAUUAACCUAACUUAAAAUUGAUUUAAAUAAGUAAAAAUAUCCUUAAAGCGAAAACCAAAAAGAUCUAUUGAAGUAAUUAAACAUAUUUAAGAAUCUCAAUUAACUCUCAAUUAAAUUUGGAAAGAAAUUUGAGAUUUCAAAACAACUUGCUACAAAUAUUAAAAAUGGACUUAAAAAUUUUGAUAAAUUGCAAGAACUGACUAUUAGCUUUUCAUAAGAAAAUGGAUUUGAUAUUUAGAAUGCUGCUCUUUUGAGUGAAGGCAUAAAAUAUUUAGUAAACUUAGAAUCACUUAAAUUUUAAAUAGGAAUAAAAAAUAGCUUAGAUUCAAAAGGAUUGAUUUAUUUGGCAGAAAGUUUUGCAAAGUUACAAAAUUUAAUAAGACUAACUUUAACCAUUAAAGAAGGAGGAAUGAAUAGUCAUGGAGCUAUAGCACUUGGAAGAGCUCUUCCUAAUAUGAAAAACCUUAAUUUUCUUUCCUUAGAAAUUGGUUAAAAUAACAACAUUGGACAUGAAGGAGCUUAACAAAUAGGUAAGGGCUUAUAAUAUUUAUAAAAAAUCUAUCACUUAGAUCUUAGGAUAGGUAAAAACAAUCUCAUAUCUUCGUAAGGAGCUGCAGCAAUAGGUGAAGGCUUAUCCUAAUUAGUAAAUUUAAAAGAACUAACUAUAAGGAUUGAAAGCAACAAUAAUAUCUAAGCAGAUGGAGCUGUAAAAUUAAUCGAGAAUUUGCAUUUACUGUAAGACCUUUAAAUUUUUUGUUUUUCUUUAGACUCCUAUAAUAAAGUGUCUUCUAGUAUAAUUGAAAAAAUAACAAAUGUCAUUGAGAAAGUUGACUGUUUAGAAACUAUUGAAAUAUCUAUUUUUUUGCAUUCUAUAGAGCAGGAUUACGAACUUUAGCUAAGUUAAUUAUUUAAAGCUAUGGAGAUGACAAGCUUUAGUUAAAAAUUGUCUUCUUUUAGAGACUAAUGCUCUAGCAAAAUCUCAUAUCAAAAACCGAAUACCAGUAUAACAACUUAAAUAACAAUAGGAUAUGAAAUGCAAAAUAGUCCUGAGUGUAAUUUGUUUGAUUAUGUUUUUAAACCUGUGGAAGCUAUUAAAUAUAUGCCAUAAGUGAAAACAUUAAGCACUAUUAUUUCAUUUUCCAUGGUGAUUGGAGAAUAUGGAGCAGCAUAAUUAGCGCAGUGCCUCAAAUAUUUAACUAAUAUAUAAGAAUUACAAAUACACUUCGAAUAUUUUAAUAAAAUAGGCAAAUCUGUAAGAAAUGUAGCUGAAAGCAUAUCAUAAUUAUCAAAUUUAAAAAAUCUAUCUCUAAAAAUAUAAGAAGGUAAUAAAGUUUAGAUUGAGGACUCUAUAUUUGUUUCAUAAAAAGUAUCUAGUUUAAAGAAUUUGAUACAUCUAACUUUCCUCUUUAAUAAAUCAGAAAGCCUACUUUUUGAAGAUUAUCGCUAAAUAAUUACCAAUUUUUCUUACAUGAAAUCGCUUAGAAUUUGUUACGUUGGUGUGAGUAGUGAAGAAAGUAUUUUAUCAAAAAAUAAAUUUUAAAGAAUACUAUAUAAAAAUAGAAGAUUAGUAUCUUCCAAAUUAUCCUUUAGUUUAGAUGAAUUAGAAAAUUAAAGUGAUUUUGGUUGA